AGCCAUUCAGGAUGCUCCAGCUUUGUCAGGUGACCAGGGCCUUACUCAUCAGCAACGCGCGCUCGGCCUGCAGCACCGAGCUCAUCCAGCAGGAGGCGGUGACGCUGUGCAUCAACGUGUCCAGGCAGCAGCCGUUCCCAGCGGCCGACCACGUGGCCAUGUUGCGCAUUCCGGUGUACGACGACCCCAACGAGGACCUCUACUGCCACUUCGACCGCUGCGCCGACGCCAUCCAGAGCGAGGCGGAGCAUGGCGGCCGCACCGUCGUCUACUGCAAGAACGGACGCAGUCGCUCUGCAACCGUGUGUGUGGCGUACCUCUUGAAGCACAGGAAGCUCUCGCUCGGUGACGCCCUGCAGAAAGUGAAGACAGCUCGCCACGUCAUCGAGCCCAACCCCGGCUUCAUGGCCCAGCUGGAGCGGUACGAGCAGGAGCUCAGAACCAGGCGAGGGGGGGCAGACUGAGGCUGGGCCGCUAGGAUCUCUAGCGCACACUGGCGCUGGUACCACCGUGCUCAAUUUCAUCGUUCUCGCUUAUUUUUCCUUUGGGUUUUUGUUUUUUAUGUUCUUUCUUGGAACUCAACCGCCUCAACCAUCUGUUCAUGUUAAAAGGAUGUCUUGUACUUAGGUUUAUUUAAGCCUACCCUGGCACUGGCACUUUUACUGACAGUUACUUUUUCUACCAUGGGACAAUACUGUUCUCAACUGGUUCAACUACAACACCCACAAUUCCAUUCUUCAAUCAACGUAGCAACUGUGCCGACAAUGGGCUCGCUCUGUAGUGCUCCAGCCAUCGAGCAUGUAGCUUUAGUGGCUAGCACAUGGUCUUGUUCUAUUGGAUAGGUCUAUUUGCUUUCCGUCUCUGAGGCCUGAGGCACCACUUUUGUUGACCUUCUGCUCAAUUUGACAUUUUUGCUGUGCGAGCAGAACUGCUGCAGUAUCUGUUACAGAGUCUCCGCAGACACUGGAAACCUGACCGCAGACAAGUGCCGUUACGGAUCAGUCUCAACGGAUUCAGAGGCCUUAUGUUUUUUUUACCUUUCCUCCCAACUAUGAUUUUAAAUAUAUAGGACAAUUUCAAAUUCAACCUUGCACAUUAACAUAACUGCGUAUAGCUGUCAGCUGUAGGCUAACCACAGGCUUCACAGUUCCCACUCUUACCACUAGGUGGAGGCAGGAUGCCCUUAUCCAGAUCCUACUGUGCUCUGAUCAAAAUUCUGCAUGCAUUUAAUAACCGCCAAUCAUUUUGAGAAUCAAUGAAGGAAUUCCGUGCGCAUUUAGGCGCAUUUGUGUAGACAUUGGGAAACACUGGCUUGUUUGUGCCAGUAAAGGUCUCCCUCUUCCUCCGCGUCCAGAGGAGGUCUCCGUACCGGCUCAAACACUGGCUUGUUUGAGCCAAAGAGCGUCACGAACUGGCGCAGACUAAAAUGCCUCUGGGCGCCGUUGGAUAGGCCCUUAAUCAAUCACAGCAACUAAAAAGCACCUUUCCUCUCAACUAAAUCUGCCGUCAUUUCCUCUUCUUUGAGCGAAAAUAUACCAUCAAGUCUCGAUUGCGUUAUCAACAAGCCGUUUUACAUCAACGGCCGCCGUCUCGUGUUGGGCGGACAUCUUUUUGUACGAGGGGAGAGCCAGACCUUAUCUGCAAAGCAAAUUAAACAUGAGCUUGCGAUAUUUUUCGGUUCCCAGGCUAGGUUGGGGCCAUAGACAAAAUAAAAUAAGUCAGUGUAAAAAAAUUAAAGAAUCAAAAUAAUAUAAAGUAAAUGUAGAAUAAUAACAGCGCCAUUUGCAAUAGUAGCUAAAUAAUACGCUGCAGAUGCGAUUCCCAUUUCAGGGAAUUAUAUAAAACUAGAAACAAGGAAAGGACAAGCAUUAAACAGCAGUAUAGAACGAUGCAAUUAAAAAACAAAAGGGCUAUGCUUAGACUAAAAGAUAUUGUAUAAAAGUAAGUGGCUGAAAAGUUUCAGCUAAAAAUUACUAAAUAUAAUCUUACGUCUUUAGUGUGUUACUUUAUGUUUUUGUAAUUAUAAGCUGUUCACUUUAAGUAAUUCAGAAAAUGAGGCAAAAAUACCUUUUUACGCAUAAGUCUUAAGAGCUACAGCAAUAAUGAUAGCUUCAGGUGUACGGCCAUUCACAUUGUAGCUGCUACAGUAUUACCACAAGAUGUCUAACUCAAUGAUGUGUAGUAGAUCAGUAAGGUUUAAAAUAGUCCAAGGCUAUCAUUAAAGUUUUUUUAUCUAUAGCUAACACACACACAUAAAGACAAAAGCACAAGCACGCAAACACAUACACACACAAACACAGGCGCACACACACACACACACAGGCACACAAACGUAUAAAUCACUGUAUUUUAGGAGUGUGAACACUCCUAAAAAAAAACAUGUGUUUGUUCUUCAGUCGUAUAGUUAGAGGCUAUGUCUGUGUUAGUAUAUCGACACAUUUUGAUAACAAAGAAGUAGUAUAUAAUUAGUUUCAGUAUUACUUGGUGAACUAAUUCGCUGUGUAUACAUUAGCGCUGUAUGUACUAACGAUAUCUCAGGUUUAACCUUCUCAUUGUGAGGUACUUCCAAAAUACUAGAAAAAACAGAGGGAAGAAAAACAGACUGAACAAAGACAUAGAUAGAACCACGUGUUGUGGUUAAAUGUUAAAACAUUUAAAAAGACUAAGAACUUUAAAACAAGCAAAAAAAAGUACAUCAAAACAUCCAACUAGAGCAUCCAUACUUAUCAGGGAAGAUUAAUGUCUUAAGCUGUGUUGAAUUGCAUAGGAUAUUUGUGUAUACUUAAUCUAUGCUAGCCUAUUUUCACUGUGAGUCCAGUUAUAUUGAUCAAAGGUGGUUAAAUCCAGGGUUAAAAUGUGAAUGUUGUGAAGGCCUGUUUAACUGACCCGUGGAAUUCCCACCUUUGAUUUAGACCUGAACAUAUCUCCUGACUCAAGAGCCAAUACUUUGUACGACUUUGCCAAUACCAGCAUUAUGCUAGCAGUCAGCUAGCCGUUAGCUAGCAGUAAGCAAGCAGUAAGCUUAUAAUAAGCUAACAAUAAGCUAACAAUAAGCUUUCAAAAUGUCUAUUUCAAAUGUUCUACUAUUCAAAUAAGCCAUUGCCAUUGUAGACACUGUGUAUUAAAACAUUUAAAUAAAGUAUUUGGAUGAUCACAACUUAUUUUAUUAGUAUCCUCUGUUGUUUACCUU